AUGUCGGGGCAGAAAGGAAAAGCAGCUAGAAAAGCUGGAAACAGCGGCAGAAAGCCGGAGACAGUGCAGGAUGAGCGUUUGCAAGCCAUCAUACUGACAGAUUCUUUCGAGACACGAUUCAUGCCGCUCACGGCAGUGAAACCUCGGUGCUUACUCCCAUUAGCCAAUGUGCCUCUAAUUGAGUAUACCCUGGAGUUUUUGGCCAAAGCCGGCGCUAGCGAAGUGUACCUCAUGUGUGCCUCGCACGCAGACCAGAUCAGCGACUAUAUCGAGAGCUCCAAGUGGAACAUGCCUUGGUCGCCCUUCCGCGUGUCAACAAUCAUGUCUUUGGAAUCCCGGUCUGUGGGUGAUGCUAUGCGUGACUUGGAUAACCGCGGCAUCAUAACCGGGGAUUUCAUCCUGGUUAGUGGAGAUUUAGUCACCAAUAUGGAGUUCGACAAGGCACUCGAUUUCCAUCGCAAAAAAAAGGCAGAAGACAAGGACCACAUUGUGACCAUGUGUCUCAGCAAAGCCAGUCAGUUCUUCAGAACCCGCUGCCACGAGCCCGCGGCAUUCAUCUUGGACAAGUCCAACGACAAGUGCCUCUACUACCAAGAUAUACCACCCGACAACUCCAAGCAUAAGACUUCGCUCGCAAUCGACCCAGAGUUACUUGAUGGCGUGGACGCAUUCAAACUCCGCAACGAUUUGAUAGAUUGCCACGUUGACAUUUGCUCUCCACUCGUUCCUGCCAUUUUCCAAGAGAAUUUCGAUUACCAGUUUUUGAGAAGAGACUUUGUCAAAGGUGUCUUGACCAGUGACUUGCUCAAGAAAAGCAUAUAUGCAUUUAUCACAGACGAAUAUGCCGCUCGGGUUGAGAGUUGGCAAACAUACGAUGCCAUUUCGCAAGAUUUUAUUGCCAGAUGGUGCUAUCCCAUGGUUCUGAACUCGAACCUCUUGGAUGAUCAAACAUACUCCUACGAAUCUGAGCACAUUUACAAAGAGAAAGACGUGGUUUUGGCCCAAUCUUGUAAGAUCGGCAAACGCACCGCCAUAGGUUCGGGUUCUAAAAUUGGGGAAGGCACGAGGAUAGAAAACUCCAUAAUCGGCAGAAACUGUCGCAUUGCUGAAAACAUCGUGAUAAAGAAUAGUUAUAUCUGGGAUAACACCACUAUCGGCAGCGACUCGGUGAUAGAGCAUUCUCUUGUUGCGUCAGGCGUCAAGAUCGGAUCCAAGGUUGUGCUAAAUGACGGCUGUGUUAUUGGCUUCAAUGUGAUCAUCGACGACCACAUGGAGAUUCCCAUAGGCACUAGAUUAUCCGAAACCUGUGUGGAGAAGCAAGCAUCGCAAUUUUUGGACAGUGAGCCCUACAGCGAUGACGAAGCAUCAGAGUCUGCAACCCCAUUAUCAGACGCAGAGCCGGCUCUAGAGCUGGUCGGCGAUCAUGGUGUGGGGUACGUAUAUGAUAGCGAUGACGCAGAAGACGAGGACAACAGCAGUGUUCUAGACAGAGUCACGAAUGCUCUAACAUAUCGCUUUGAUGACAUGUACUUGAGUGAUAGUUCCAUUUCAUCUGUUGGCGCAAAGCAUAAAAAGAAGCGCAGAAUGUCCACGAAUAGUGCGUAUACGGACCGUGAAGACGACUACGACGAUGAUGUUGAUUACGAUGAAGAGGAGGAUUUUGCCGUUGAGGCCGUUGCAACGGUGGAGAGAGCCAUGGAAAACAACCACGACUUGGACACUGCACUCUUGGAACUGAACACUUUAAGAAUGAGUAUUAACGUGACGUAUCAUGAGGUGAGGUCUGCAACUGUAGUAGCGCUUCUGAGACGGGUAUACCAUUUCAUUGAGACGCGAACGCUAGGCCCCAAGGAUGCCGUUCAAAAGGUGUUCGCGCAGUGGGGCCAAUUGUUCAAACGCCAGGCGUUCGAUCAAGAGGAAUUCCUGGACUUAGGGAACCUGCUAUUGGAGAAAACCGUGGCUCAAGGGUUCGAGAAACCAGAAUUUAUUUUGUUCAGCGCGCUAACGUGCUUGUACGAUAACGAUAUUCUGGACGAAGACAUAGUUUACACCUGGUGGGACCAAGUUUCUCAAGACUCGUCAUACGACCAGGCAAAGACGCUGAUUGCCAAGUGGAUAGAUUGGCUCAAGACUGCUGACGAGGAGUCUAGCUCCGGGGAAGAUUCCGAAGAGAGUGACAGCGAGUGA